AUGGCGGCCGGGGAACAAGACGUUGUGAUGGAAGAAAGCACCCCAUCUAAAGACCAAGGAGGACAGAAAAUGUUCACACUUAAAAAGUGGAAUGCUGUAGCCAUGUGGUCUUGGGAUGUAGAGUGUGAUACAUGUGCUAUUUGUCGAGUACAGGUCAUGGGUAAGCAAUGCAAAAAGAUUAAAAUCACUGAAGUUUUUCCGCUUGUUAAAAUUUAAAAUUUAAGCUUAAGCUUGUUUUUUAUGAAUUGAAAUAGGUGAAAUGAAUCAUAUUUUUAUGUUAGAGCGGUGGUCUAUGAAUGGGGAUCCCCUCCAAAAAGUUUUGGAAACGCUUGUUGGGAAUUAUUAAGGCUUAAUAUAAAAAAUGAAAGUGAACAAAAAAGUGCAUUCAACUGCUAUGAAAAUAAAUAUUAUAUCAAGUAGCAGUUAAAGACACAGUGCAGUCGUAAAACUUCCCUGUUAACUGGACAAUUUUUGUUAUAUUUCCGGCAUGCAUCUGUGGGAGCGAACUGCCCUUUAUCACCCAACAAUCUGAAACGUGACUGACUGACCAUGAAAAGCUUGGCGUAUAUGCUUAAGCUUAUUAAAAUUAUGUCACAUUGGUUCCUGCCGAAUUUCUAGUCUUGUUAGUAAAAACCAAACCCAUAAUGGGUUAACCCCUUAUGAGUUUCUGUAAAAACUCAGCUUUUUUUGGUUAUAUUCUAUUAUUAAUAAAUACCUGUUGCCCACGUCGAAGUAUUCUUCUUUAGUAAAAUCCAGCUAGUGGUCUAUUAUCAAUGCUGCAUUCUCAUCGGUUGAGCUUCUACUCGGCUAUUAUGUUAUAGCCCACUAGUAGCGAAAGUGCGCGCUUUUUGGCGGCAAAGAAGGAUUAAAGUCUAUCUUUAACUAGCUAAAAGUUUUUUAUUCUCGAUUUUUUUGACCAACUAGUUGGAUUUUACUAAAACAAUUUUCCUCUUGCCCUCAUGGCCUCUGAGUCAAACCAAUUCAACCUGAAUGAGAUCAGCCGGUGGGAGGCCUGAUUUCAUUAAGACACUCAAAACGUAGAGACGCUUGCGUGCUCUCUUCACAAUAUAGUCGCAGUGAAUAGACCACGAUAAAUUGUGCGACAGAUGGACACCGAGCAACUUAUAAGAUGGCACCUGCUCUAUAAUACUGCCUGACAUCUGUAAGGGAGGUAGGCCGGAGGGCUUAUACUGUAAGAAAUCUAUGCGUAACUCUUUACAUUUGGAUGGAUUGUGAGGUUUGCUUCCUUCACAGCCCCUUGUAUAGUUGUACACGCAUGUUAGUUUCUCAUCUUAAAUUAUUUUUAGUUUCAUAUCAAUAGCAAUAAGUUUCAAAGGCACAUUAAGCUUAUCUUUCCUCCAUGCAGUCAAUUUUUUUCUGGAACUAAAUAGCAAUUCCUUAUUUACUUUGUAUAGAUGCUUGUCUUCGAUGUCAAUCAGACAACAAACAAGAGGAGUGUGUUGGUAUGUAAUGUGUUGCUCCAGAAAGUAACCCUGUAUUAAUAAUCCCCCAAGCCUAGAGGGAGGGGGGUACUCCUGGGGGUUCUUAGCGGGGGUGUGCCACCCAGUUCUCUGACCCUAUUUCACACCAAAAAAUGUCGUUUCCCACACCCAUUGUCAGAGCCGCUGUCUAAAAUCCAUACCCAUUUUAAACCUGACCUAUAGGCAGAAAUUAUGUCACCAUUACUUAGAUUACGACGUAAACAAAAAGAUUUCUUAAAAUGCAUUGCAAAUUCACAUAUUUCUUUUUCUUUCUUAUUCAUCUGGAAUUGAGACAACAAAAUAAUAUGUUCAUACACUGAUGUAGUUCCCUCGAAAAACAUAUCUGAUUGCAGACCAAAAUAGGCAAAAUGUAUACCCAUUUUCAGACCAGAUAGGUGCAAAAACCAUACCCUUUGGGGCGGCACAUACUUAAAUUACUCAAUAAGGGAGUACCCUGCCCCCCUGCCCCCAGGGCCCCCAAGGAAAUAUACCCUGACAAAUGAUUUUGUUGGUGAUUGACCAUGAUAUGUAGGAGGUGUAUGUCGAGUGAUGAGACAGGAAAAUAGUAAUUUUUACAGUCAAAAAUAUGUCUGCUUGCAGGGCACAAAGUGCAAAGUACCUCUCCCGUCUCACUCUUCAUUUUCAAACUUAAAGCAGCUUUACCUUUUUCUCUUGACUAUCACAGAAGUUGAAUGACUGCGAAAAAAUUGAUUGUUUUCAGUCUCAUCAGUUUGCAAAAAAAGUAGCCUGUUUAGCGGGCUGUAUUGUAGGUGGGUGGAUAAACGAGUGGUGUAGCUGCAAGAAAAAUAGCCUCUUCCCAAAAUCCUCUUGUAGCUUUGCUACUUAAUUGUGUUUCACUAACAAAAUUGCCAGCUAUGCAGGCUAUGCAAAAAUGUUACCAGGUGUUAGAAUCAAAAUGUUUCCAAAAAUUUCUCUAUCAAAACAGAAGUGCCUUUACUUCUGUUUUGUAAUAUAAUUGUCAAUCAUCCAAUAAUAUUUGAAUAAUUAGACAAGAAUAUUGACAUCAUUCAAUAAUAAGAAAACAAUAGAGUUUAUGUUUGUGGCACAGUUAUGUUUUGGGCCUGAUUCAGACUCAUUUUAGCCGGAGCCACCAGGCGAGGGUUAAAAUAAGUUCUUUAGAGGAAAGCAAAAAUGAGUUCUUUGGAUGAAAUCCUAUGUUGUUACUAUUCAAAUGAAAUCGUCUUGACAGAACUUUUGAAUGGUACUCUUCAUUUCGUAGGAUUCUACAAAAGGAAAUCAGCCAUUUUUGUGUUUUUUUCAUCAGCCACCAGUAGAAAUGAAAGGGUUGACACUCACUCUUAAAAAAUUUAUCAACCCCUGCCCUCCUCCCUCAAUUAUGCUCCUCAGCAAGUUAAACUGACUUCUGACUAUUCUGUUUGCCCAUUUCAGUUGUGUGGGGAGAAUGCAAUCACUCAUUCCAUAACUGCUGUAUGCAAUUGUGGGUUGUGCAAAACAACAGAUGUCCAUUGUGUCAGCAGGAGUGGGUCGUACAAAGGAUUGGCCGUUGAUAUCUUCUCACCAAAACUAUUGUAAAAGCCAUUGGAUUUGCACUCAAAUUCUUAGUGAAUGUGAGCAAUGGAUAGAUGACUGCAGUUCGGUUGUCUGCUGCAAGUCAGGAGAUAUAUUACAGGAGAGUUGCAUUAAUGGCAGAUGAUUUUCUUACCAUGAAGACCUCACUUAACUACUGACAGUCCCUAAAAGACACUGUUCUUACUCCCAGUAAUUUUACAGUGGGACUACUAUAACCGGGGCCACCUAGACAAAGCUGACCAAUCGGAGUACAGGAAAAAACAAUACAUUCCAAGAAAGUUAGUUGUCAAUCAUAAUCAAAAGAAAAAAAUGGGUCAAAAUCAACCAAUAUUAUUAGAACCUAUGUACCUGACCUUUUGAACCCACUGAAGAAAGCCAGUGUUUCCUCAGAGGUCUGCUAGAGUGAUUGAGGCGGGCAAAAAAUGUAAAUGUUAGUUAAAUGUUUGACUUGAGGUUGUGAUGUUAUUGCAAAGCGUGGCAAGGUGUCAGUGUCUCCUGGAUGUUGUUUGUAAAGUUUCGAAUAGAAUGAUGUUGUCUGGUGAAACAUUUUGCUUUCUUGAAAAACGUUUGCUAUCAAUAUGUAAAUUUUGUGCUUGGAGUAACUUACUGUUUUUUUAUGAGCUGGUGAUUGGCUCUCAACCAACUUUCUUGGAAUGCACUGUUAUUUUCCUGUAAUCUGAUUUGCCAACUUUGUCUAAGAGGCCCCAGUUACAGUAGUCACACUGUGAAAGGUUUGAACCCGGGAGUCAUUUCAAAAGGUUGAGUUUGAUCGUCCGGGUGAACGUAGUCCUGAAUAGGACUGUUGUUGUUUACACUGUAAAUGUGGCUGUCACUUAGAUUUCAAGUUGCCUGGUUGGGGGGAAUUGAACAGCAAAGAGGCUUUUUUUAUUCUAUUCUCCUUUAGUUUUCUGAGAAAGUAACCUACAGGUUCAUGCCCAGAGGUGUAGACAGAAAUCCCAUGCCUUUAGUGACAGCCCUGGCUGUACAUUGAAAUUUUUCCUUGAUGAUAAACUGUAACCAGUAAAGCCA